GGAGUGCAGCCAAGCCCUUGAGUCCAGUCAUCAAAGUGAGGAGCCAUGGCCCUGAGCGUGCCCGGCCCCUCCCCGCAGCUUCUUCUGGCAUGAAAAGUUCUAAAUCUUCAACCUCGUUGGCUUUUGAGUCCCGACUUAGCAAGGAGGACGAUCCCGCGAGUACAAACAUACGGAGUGCCGCCAAGCCCUUGAGUCCAGUCGUCAAAGCGGGGAGCCAUGGCCCUGAGCGUGCCCGGCCCCUCCCCGCAGCUGCUUCUGGCAUGAAAAGUUCUAAAUCUUCAACCUCGUUGGCUUUUGAGUCCCGACUUAGCAAGCUCAAGAGAGCCAGCAGCGAGGACACACUCAACAGACCUGGAAGUGCCCCUGCAUCCGGCGUGGUCCGACUGAAGAAGACUGCGACGUCCGGAGCCAUCUCGGAGCUGGCCGAGAGCCGCCCGAGGGGCAUUGCAGGAACUGUUACAACAACCAAACGGACAGGCAUUCCAGCUCCACGGGAACUUGCAGUAACUAACUCAAGAGAGAGGUCUGUGCCACACGGACCCUCCAACCCCAGGAAGUCAGUGUCCAAUCCAACUUCUUCCAAGGUCCCCCCUGUCAAGCCCCCAAGGAGCAUUUUCACAAAACCCAAGCAAGAGAAUGAAGGUGCGGAGAAGGCUGUGCUUGAGUCCCAAGUUCGGGAACUUUUGGCAGAAGCCAAAGCAAAAGACAAUGAAAUUAACAAGCUUCGAAGUGAACUAAUGAAAUGCAAAGAGGAAAGGGCUCUGAGCACCGAAGAGAGUGAUGCUUCAGACCCAAAUGUAGAUGGAACAUCUGUGUCCCCAGGCGACACAGAACGUUUGAUCAAAGCUCUUGAGGAGAAGAACCAAAACUUUCAGAAAGAGCUUGCUGAUAUAGUGGAGGAAAACCGGGCCUUGAAGGAGAGACUGACUUAUCUUGAGCAGUCACCAAAUUCAGAAGGGGCAGCAAGUCACACCGGUGACAGCAGCGGCCCAAUAUCCAUAACUCAAGAGUCAAGCUUCGGAAGCCCAACUGGAACUCAACUGUCAAGUGAAAUCGACGAGUAUAAAAAACAUGUACAUGAAAAUGCAUUACAGACAUCGGAUUCUUCAAGUAGUGAUGUUACCAAAGCUUCUUUGUCACCAGAUGCCUCUGAUUUUGAGCACAUUACAGCAGAGACACCCUCUAGGCCCCUGUCUUCCACUAGCAACCCCUUUAAGAGCUCCAAGUGUUCUACCACUGGGAGUUCCCCUAACAAUUUGCGCGAAUUGUCCUUGGCUUCCCUCAAAGAGAAGAUACAAAAGAUGGAAGAAAAUCACCAUAGCACCGCAGAAGAACUACAGGCUACUCUGCAAGAGUUAUCAGAUCAGCAGCAAAUGGUGCAGGAACUGACAGCUGAGAAUGAGAAACUGGUGGAUGAGAAGACGAUUUUAGAGACAUCCUUUCAUCAGCAUCGAGAGAGGGCAGAGCAGCUAAGUCAGGAAAAUGAGAAGCUGAUAAAUCUUUUGCAAGAACGAGUAAAGAAUGAAGAGCCCAACAUUCAAGAAGGAAAAAUCCUUGAACUGGAGCAGAAGUGCACAGAUAUUCUUGAACAGGGCCGCUGUGAAAGAGAGAAGCUGCUCAGCAUUCAGCAGCAGCUGACCUGUGGCUUGCGGAAGGUCGAGGAAGAAAACCAAGGAGCUUUAGAAAUGAUUAAACACCUGAAAGAAGAAAAUGAAAAACUGAACGGGUUUCUGGAACUGGAACGGCGUAAUAACAGUGUGAUGGCCAAGACUCUGGAAGAAUGUAGCCUUACCUUGGAAGGGUUGAGGAUGGAGAAUGUGUCUUUGAAGGCUCAUUUGGAGGGUGAGAAGCCAAAAGCCGUGGAGACCAGUACCAUGGGGCAGAUGGCAGAGAGGUGUGAAGUUCAAGAGAUGCUGAAAGUAGCUCGAGCUGAGAAAGAGCAACUGGAACUGUCUUGCGCCGAGCUCAGACAAGAAUUACUAAAGGCGAAUGGUGAAAUUAAACAUGUCUCCAGCCUGCUGGCCAAGGUGGAAAAGGAUUAUUCUUACCUAAAGGAGAUAUGUGAUCACCAAGCAGAACAGCUGAGCAGAACCAGCCUAAAGCUGCAAGAGAGAGCAUCAGAGAGCGACGCAGAGAUAAAUGACAUGAAAGAAACCAUAUUUGAAUUGGAAGAUCAGGUGGAACAGCACCGGGCCGUCAAGUUACAUAAUAACCAACUCAUUAGUGAGCUAGAAAGUAAUGUGAUCAAGCUGGAGGAGCAGAAGUCAGACCUGGAAAGGCAGCUGAAGAUGUUGACUAAGCAGGUGAAGGAGGACACCGAGGAGUGGCGGCAGUUCCAGGCAGACCUGCAGACGGCGGUGGUGGUGGCCAAUGAUAUCAAGUGCGAGGCCCAGCAGGAGCUGCGUGCCGUGAAGCGGCGGCUGCUGGAGGAGGAGGAGAAGAAUGCCAGGCUGCAGAAGGAGCUGGAGGAGGCGCAGGGCCGCGGCAGACCUGUGAAUGAAGAGCUGGAAUCCUCCGAGGUGGAUGCUCCUGGCCAGUGGCACAGCGUCUGUGUUAACAAAACGUCUCCAAUACCUUUGGAGUCUGAAAACACUGUUAAAUCACUUAUCAAGUCAUUUAACUUGGGACACCCAGGUGGAUCUGGACAGAAUGUUUCUGUCCCUAAGACCCCCAGAAGUCCCUUAAGUGGAAUACCAGUAAGGACUGCUCCAGCUGUUGCUGUCUCUCCAAUACAGAGGCAUUCAACUUUCAGUGGGAUGCGGACAGCCAGCAAAGGAGCUACUCAGCACUUGGAUCUUCCAGACCUUUCCCUCUCGGGAAUAGAUGAUUAUGCUGUUGUUCACACAGAUCUUCUAAAGGGAAGAGCUGAAGACCUGAAGCCAGACCCUUACCUCCGUAAGAGUCCCUCGCUGGAGUCUCUGGGCAGACCCCCCUCUCUGGGCUUCGGGAGCACUAGACUGCUGAGCGCUUCCGCUGGGGGGUUGAAACCACAAAGCAAACUGAGUGUGGAAAGAAGAGACCCUCUGGUGGCCCUGGCCGGGGAGUACGGCGGCUCCAAACGAAACGCACUGCUGAAGUGGUGCCAGAAGAAGACAGAAGGAUAUGCGAAUAUCGACAUCACCAAUUUCAGCAGCAGCUGGAGCGAUGGCUUGGCCUUCUGUGCCCUGCUGCACACCUACCUGCCUGCCCACAUCCCCUACCAGGAGCUGAAUGGUCAGGAGAAAAAAAGGAAUCUCUUACUGGCAUUUGAAGCAGCUGAAAGCGUAGGCAUCAGACCCAGCCUGGAGCUCAGCGAGAUGCUGUACACGGACCGGCCCGACUGGCAGAGUGUGAUGCAGUACGUGGCGCAGAUCUAUAAGUACUUCGAGACGUAAAUCUUGUCGCCUGCGACUUGUCCUGGAAGCCCCUGGUCACUUUCCACCAACCCUGUUCCGCCCACCACCACCCACCUGUCUGGAUUUCAAAGGAAGGCACAAUCUGAAUGGACCAACACACAAACAAGAAACAUAGCUAGGUUCUGCGCUGUACCUAUCCCAAAUGCGCACGUUUGGAGUGUCAGUGAAGCUUUGCUCUCCCCCAGGAUGUUUCUAAGGAGGGUGGCCUUCCUCCUUCCAGACCAAGACUCCACACCCAAGUCCAUUUCCAUGAGAAACCAGGACAAGUCGCCAAUCACAUUGGGGAUUCCCAAAUCAAUCCUUUUUUUUUUUUUAAUUUAAAAAACCCUGACAUUUGCCUUUAUAAAAAUUUUGUUCUUGCCAUCUUCCCAUCCCCACUACCCCAAAAGAAACCAACAAACAGAAACAUUUCCUCCAGAGCGGCCU